GGCAGGCACGAUAAAGUGCUGGAUGCCGUUAGCUGUCACCACUUCUUUUCUGCUCUUCGCAUGCCUUGCCCGGUCCUUAGUAUGGGGUGGUAUUACUUGCAGCUGCUUGCUGUUGGCGGCUGCGUGGGAGAACCAUGUCCAUGCCAUGCCAGUUGGGCCUCGCUAUCUUUCUGUCCGCCUGUGUACGGAUGCGGCCUGUCUUGUUUGUGUCUACCUGCAUUGCUUUUCAUCUACCAUGGCUCUACCCUUACUACCUAGGUACCAACGUCCCAGUUUCAAAAGGAUAUUCAGAACAUUUACCAAGAGUCGCAGCCAGAGAUGGAGUGGUAAUUAGGGGCAGGACUGCUUCGGGCUCUUGGGCUUCCAGCUCCGUUCGAUGCUCAGACAUUCACAGUCCAAGGCCUUGGCUGCUGCUGCCAGGACUCCAGGACUCGGUCUCGUCUGCUGGGCCGUGCGGCUUUUUGCAAGCACUCAUAAUUGUUACCCAACAUCCAGGGUCAAGGACCCGAGGCCCCAACUUCAAGGAUUCCAGCAGGGCGAGAGAACAGAGAGAGAAUAGAGUCACCGGUCAGGCUGGUGCGCUCACUGCUGUAUGUAGGCUAGCCGUGUCAAUGUCAUCCAUCAUGUCAUCCCCGAUGGAUCUUGGGAAAAAGCACCAGGGUUGCUGCAGGCCAUCGGGUAAGGGCAAGAAAGGGUCCAGUCCUCCCCUCCAUCAAUGGUCUCUCGAUCAAUACGGAUACCUGCCCGGAAAACAAGACUCAGCCAAGCAGAGAUGCCUUCCGACUGCAUCAGCCCGGCGGCAACUGCAACGAAAAUUUCGGAAGAGGCGGCUCAUCAUCUGCUCCCUGCCUCGUCUUCGUCUUCGUCGCUACUUUCGUCCUCUACCCAUUCCUCCCUUUCUCGAAUCUCUGUCUCGCCUCGUCUGGACAACCAUCCCAUAUCGACAUCCACACGACAUCCACACGACAUCCACACGACAUCAUAAACCCUCCGAAUGCAUCUGAUUGGGUCCUGGCAGACGCACGGCGAAAUGAAGCACACCCAUUCCAGAGAUCCAUCAUCCAUCCACUUGUGCUGUUGGCCCCGUUUUCUCCGACCCCCACCAUCCAUCCUUUCCUUCUGACUGGAACGAAAGACACCAGCACGACCAGAUUAUGUCAUCCAACACAUAGGCUGACCGAGGCACAUGGCUUACCUAACAAAGCACCGUUAUGGAGACAAGGAUGCUCUAGGCUUAUGAAUGGCCAUUCUGAUUCUGUGACAU